AGCGCGUCGCGAUGUCACGGAAGGGAAGUGUUCCAUGUUGGGAUUAAGCGGUGAUUGAAAAGAGGCGGGAGUGCGCGAGUUUGUUUCUUUAUUUCCUAAGCACACUAGGAGUUACACUCCUGAGCUGGUAGUUCAGGAGACUGCAAUGAAUGGUACGCUAAUCCCAAACACUCCUUUCGCCGUGGAUUUCUGGCAGAUUCGAAAAUGCAGCCACAUCCGUUUGUUCUUCCUUUCCCACCUGCAUAGCGAUCACACGUCAGGUCUCUCUUCUACCUGGAACAGAUCCAUAUAUUGUUCUCCCAUUACUGCCAAGUUGUUGCAAUGGAAAUUUCAGGUGGAGGAAAGAUUGAUCCACCCACUUGAGAUAGGGGAGAGUCACCUCUUAUAUCUUGAUGAAGUUGGAAAAGAGACCAUGACUGUGACAUUGAUUGACAGCAAUCACUGUCCUGGCUCUGUCAUGUUCCUGUUUGAUGGCUACUUCGGCACCAUUCUAUACACAGCGGAUUUCCGUUACACACCGACCAUGUUCUGCAAUUCUCCACUGAGCACAGAGAAAAGAAUAGAUGUUCUCUACCUGGACAAUACAAACUGUGAUCCUGAGUGUGUGGUGCCUUCCCGUGAAGAGGCUACUGAACAGAUCAAAGAAAUAAUCAAUGCUCACCCAGAACACAGUGUCGUAAUAGGUCUAUAUAACUUGGGCAAAGAAUCCUUGUUAAUAGAGCUGGCUCUGGCAUUCAAAACCUGGAUUGUGGUGAGUCCUCGCAGACUUCAGAUGUUUCAGCUGCUGAGACUGAGCAACGUGUUCACUUCAGAGAUCGGGGCUGGAAGAAUCCGUGUGGUCGAUCAGAACGAAAUUAACCGACUUAAUAUGGUUCGGUGGAAUCAAACGUGCCCUACGAUCGCUAUUAUCCCAACAAGCCGUAGAAUAAAACUCGCACACAAAGACAUUCACGUAAUUCCCUAUUCGGAUCAUUCCUCCUUUCAGGAACUGCAGGAAUUUGUGGCCAGGCUGAAGCCCUGUUCCAUUAAGCCUAUAGUGAAAGGAAAGGCAUGCCACGCCUACUUCUCCCAGUGUCUUAGUACAAGUGAUGAAUUGAAGCCAAUCCAAGUUCCAGAAACAGUAGAAAGAUGCAUGAAGAAGAAUUCGAAACAUAAUGAGGUGCUGCCUCAUUGGUUUUUAAAAUCAAGACCUCUGGAUGUUCCUCGGGGUGUAGUGUUUGAAUCACUAGAGAAAGGACUGCAUGACCGCGAUGGAGCUGAUGAUCUCUGUACAGAGGAGCAGAGUUGGUGCUACGCUAGUCUGAAAUCUUUUGAUGCUGUUGUUGAACAAUAUUUUAAGAGGAGGAAUAAGCGAAAGAAAAAAAAGAAAGAAAGAAAAAGAAAGAAAAAAAGAAAGAAUGCCUGGUUGUUGGAAGAUCUCCACAUGCUCCAUGGAAUUCGUAAUAACUUUAAUAUGUAUAUUUAUUUCUUUCCCCUAAUAACCAAUUGUUCCAUCUUCAGAGCAUCUAUAUAUUUAAUCCUAUCUUUUGUAAAUAAGGGCUCCAAAUUUUCAGAAAUGUUUCAUAUUUAUCUCUUAAAUUAUAAGUAAUUUUUUCUAAUGGAAUACAGCCAUAGAUUUCUUUCUUCCAAGAGUCUAUACUUAAAUGUGUAUCCGAUUUCCAAGUAACUGCAAUAGCUUUUUUGGCUACUGCCAGUGCAAUUUUUAUAAAUUCUUUCUGAUACUUAUUUAGUUUGAGUUUCGGUUUUAUCCCUUCAAUAUCACCUAGUAAAAGUAAUAUUGGAUUAUGAGGAAAUUGUGUUCCUGUAAUUUGUUCCAGUAAAAGUCUUAAAUUUGUCCAAAAAGGUUGAAUUUUAGAGCAAGACCAUGUCGAAUGUAAAAAAGUACCAGUUUCCUGGUUAUAUCGGAAACACUGAUCCGAUAAAUUUGGAUUUAAUUUUUUUAUUUUUUGUGGUGUAAUAUAUAAUUGAUGUAGAAAAUUAUACUGCACUAAUCUUAACUGAACAUUUAUUGUAUUUGUCAUACUAUCAAGACAUAGUCUUGACCAAUUUGUUUCUCCAAUUUUAAUAUUCAAAUCACUUUCCCAUUUUUGUCUUGACUUAUGGACUCCUUGUUUAAUUGCCUGUCUUUGAAUCAAAUUAUACAUACAAGUUAUAAAUUUUUUAAUAUUUCCUUUUUGAAUUAAAAUUUCUAUUUCAUUAGAUUUCGGCAAUAACAUUGUUUGACCUAAUUUUUCUCUUAAAUAAGCCCUUAAUUGAAAGUAACAAAAUAAAGUGUUAUUUGAUAUUUUAUAUUUAUUCUUUAAUUGAUCAAAUGACAUUAAUAUACCUCCUUCAAAACAAUUCCCUAUAUAUCUAAUCCCAUUUUGAAUCCAAUUAUAUAAAAGUUGAUUGUCCAUUGUGAAAGGAAUAAGUCUAUUUUGAAUUAAAGAUCUGUUUGCUAAUAAAGAUUUUUUUAUCUCAUCAUCAACAUUUAUCUUAUUCCAUAAAUCAAUCAAAUGUUUUAAUAUAGGAGAUUCUUUCUUUUCCCGUAUCCAUUUAGAUUCCCAUUUGUAUAUAAAAUCUUCUGGUACGUUUUCUCCUAUUUUAUCUAAUUCUAUUCUAAUCCAUGCCGGUUUAUCUUUCUCGAAAAAAGAUGCAAUAAAUCUAAGUUGAUUUGCUUUAUAAUAAUUCUUAAAAUUUGGAAGUUGUAAUCCUCCUAAAUCAAAUUUCCAUGUCAAUUUUUCCAACGAUAUUCUUGACAUCUUACCUUUCCAGAGGAAUUUCCUCACAUAUUUGUUUAACUCUUGAAAAAACUUCUGGGGUAAUUGUAUUGGUAAUGAUUGAAAUAAAUAUUGUAAUCUAGGGAAUAUAUUCAUUUUGAUAGUAUUUACUCUACCUACUAAUGUUAUUGGUAAUGCCAUCCAUUUUUCAAGAUCUUCCUGAAUUUUUUUCAAAAGUGGUAAAUAAUUUAAUUUGUAUAAGCUUUUUAUAUCAUUAUCAACUCUUAUACCUAAAUAUUUUAUCCCAUUUGCUGGCCAUCUAAAUUGAGUUAUUAAUCGACAUUGAUUAUAAUCUCCUUUAGUAAGAGGUAAAAUUUCACUUUUAUCCCAGUUUAUUUUAUAACCCGAUAUUUUCCCAUAUUCUUCUAGUCUAUAAGAUAAUUUGCGUAGUGAAUGUAAUGGAUCUGUUAAAUAAAGUAGAACAUCAUCAGCAAAUAAGUUAAUCUUGUAUUCUUCCUGAUUAACUCUGAAACCCUUAAUAUCUGGGUCCAUUCUAAUUAAUUCAGCUAGUGGUUCUAUUGCCAACACAAAUAAAGCAGGUGAUAGUGGGCAACCUUGCCUAGUUGAUCUUGUUAACUGAAAUGAUGUUGAAAUUUGACCAUUUGUCACUACUUUAGCUUUGGGAUUAGUAUUUAAGGUUUUAAUCCAUUUUAUAAAUGAUGUUCCUAAUCCAUAUUUUUCCAGUACCUUAAAUAAAAAAUCCCAUUCCAAUCUAUCAAAUGCUUUUUCUGCAUCUAAAGCAACUGCCACACUCAUUUCCUCCCUCUUUUGUGCUAAGUGGAUUAUACUAAAUAACCGAGUUACAUUAUCUGCCGAUUGUCUAUUUUUGAUAAAUCCUGUUUGAUCCAUAUGCACUAAUUUUGGUAAGCAUUUAGAUAAUCUAUUAGAUAAGAUUUUUGCUAUUAUUUUAUAAUCGGUGUUUAAUAAAGAAAUAGGUCUAUAUGAUGUUUGUUUUAAAAGGUCUCUAUCUUUUUUUGGCAAUACUAUUAAAAUAGCUGUUGAAAAAGAUUCUGGAAGUUUAUGCAUUCUUUCCGCUUGAUAUAUUAACUCCAUAAAAGGAGGAAUUAAUAAAUCUUUAAACUUUUUAUAAAAUUCAGGUGGAAAACCAUCUUCUCCUGGAGAUUUAUUACUUUGAAGUGAUCCCAAAGCUUCUUCAACUUCCUUCAAUGUAAAAGGCAUACCUAAUCCCCUCUGUUCUUCUAUAUUUAAUUUUGGAAGAGUUAUUUGUGAUAAAAAUUCUUCUACCUUAACGUCAUCAUUCUUUGAUUCUGAUUUAUACAACUCAGAAUAAAAAUUCUUAAAAGCCUCAUUAAUUUCUAGAGGUUUAUAAGUAAUUUCAUUCACUUUUGUUCGAAUUGCAUUUAUUGUUUUAGAAAUCUGAUCUGUUUUUAACUGCCAUGCAAGAACUUUAUGUGAUCUUUCACCUAGUUCAUAAUAUCUCUGUUUAGUUCUCAUAAUUGCUUUUUCUGUUCGAUAUGUCUGGAGUGUAUUAUAUUUUAACUUCUUAUUAAUAAGUUGUCUUCGUUUUUCUUCUAUCAUAUUUCUUUGAGAUUCUUUUUCUAAUUUUAUAAUCUCUUUUUCCAAUUGAUCUAUUUCUAUCAUAUAUUCCUUCUUAAUUUUAGAAGUAUAACUUCUUAUCUGGCCUCUCAAAUAUGCUUUCAUUGCUUCCCACAAUAUAAAUUUAUCAUCAACUGAAUGUAAAUUUGUGUCUAAAAAGAACUGAAUCUGCUUUUUCAUAAAAUCACAAAAAUCUUGACGUUUUAGUAAAAUUGAAUUAAAUCUCCAUCUAUAAAUUGAUUCCUCUUUAUCUAUCAUUAUCAUUGUCAUUAUUAAAGGAGAGUGAUCAGACAAUAUUCUUGCUUUAUAUUCCACAUUUUUCACUCUAUCUUGAGUAUUUGUUGAUAAUAGGAAAAAAUCUAUCCUUGAGUAUGUUUUAUGUCUAUUUGAAUAAAAUGAAUAAUCCCUUUCUUUUGGAUUGAUUCUUCUCCAUAUAUCAAUCAAAUUUAAAUCUUUCAUCAAUGAUAGAGUUAAUUUUGCUACUUUUGAUUUUGUAAUAGCCUUUGUUGAUCUAUCUAAAACGGGAUCUAAACAAAAAUUAAAAUCUCCACCUAUUAAUAUUUUAUCAUGUGCAUUAGCCAAAUUCAAAAAGACCUCCUUUAUAAAUUUUACAUCAUUUUCAUUUGGUGCAUAAAUAUUCAUAAGAGUCCAUAGUUCUGAAAAAAUUUGACAAUGUAUAAUUAAAUAUCUUCCUGCCGAAUCAAUUAAUACAUUUUGUAUUUUAAUUGGUAAAUUUUUAUUAACCAAAAUUGCAACUCCUCUUGCCUUUGAGUUAAAUGAAGCUGCAAUAACAUUUCCAACCCAGUCUCUUUUUAAUUUCUGAUGUUCUAUAUCCGUUAAAUGAGUUUCUUGUAAGAAAGCUAUAUCUAUUUUCAUUUUUUUAAUAUGUGUUAAAAUUCUUUUUCUUUUUAUUGGUCCAUUAAGCCCAUUAACAUUAAAACUUAAAAAAUUCAAUAAAUUAGUCAUUAUUUUUAUUUGUUACUCCAAUCUAUAAUAAUACCUAAUCUUUCAACUUACAUUGUAUCCUGGGAAAUCUUUUUAGAAGUUUCCAUGUUGCUAUGUGUGUCCCCACCAAUCAUCCAGGCAAAAGAAUAGAAGAAAAAUAGAAAAUAAAGAAAAAAAAACAAAAUACCCCCCUACUAAUGUUGUGAAAGAAAAAAAACACAACAUUACCCCCCUCUAUUGUACGGGUCAUGGCAAUCGCCAUGAUUACACACGUGAAUCCCGUAGUAACCGAUUCAAAGCUCCCCAGCCCCCCCCGCAACUUAAAAAGUAUAUAUAAAAAAACAUACUAUUCUCAAUUAAUAUUUCUAAAAUUUUACUUUUCUCCCUUAUAUCAUCCUUAAAUGUCCAUCAGUUCCAUUUGCUUUCUCUGUCUUCGUCUUUAACCAUUACAUUUAGAAGUCUCUAUGCUUAAUUAACGAAGAGAUGGAAGUUUUUGUGCAAACACCUCCGCAUCUUGAUAAUCAGAAAAAAAUCUUUUACCUUCCUCCAAAAAAAUUAUCAGUGUUGCUGGGUGACGCAUUAAAAACUUAUAACCUUUUUCCCAUAAAACAUUUUUAACUGGAUUAAAUUCUUUCUUUCUCUUCAAAAGGUUAUAACUUAUAUCAGGAUAAAAAAGAACUGGUUUCUCAGCUAUCAUCAACGGACUUUUUCUUCUUUUAGCACCCUGGGCAGCCGCCCUCAAAAUCUUUUCUUUAUCCUGGUAUCUUAAACAUCUUAUCAAAAUUGAUCGCGGAUUUUGAUCAUCUUGAGAUCUUGGUCUUAAGGCUCUGUGCACCCUUUCAAUCUCAAUUAAAGUUUCUUCUCCCAUUUCCAAUUUUUCAAGAAUCCAUUUUUGAAAAAAUUUAUUGGGUCUUCUCCUUCAGUACCUUCUUUAAGUCCAACAAUUUUAAUAUUGUUGCGUCUACUAAAAUUUUCAAGCUUAUCAAUUUUUCCCACGAGUUGUUUUCUUUCUCAUGUCCAGGCAUCAUUAUCAUCUUCCAUCUUCUUCAUUCUUCCAUCCAUUUCUUCCAUUUUGACGUCCAAAUCUGUAAUUUUCUUUUCCAUUUUUUCCUGUUUCUUUGUCAUUUUAUCAAACAUAGCCUCCAUAUUUGUUAUUUUUUUUUAAUUACUUUUUGGUUACUUUUAAUUACUUUUUCUAUUUUUUCUAAUUCAUGCAUUAUUAGCCUCAAAGCCUUUUUUGUAUUUUCAGAGGAACUUUCAUCUUCAUCUCCAUCUUCGUCUGAUUUUUCCAGAGAGUCCGGCUCACUUGCACUGUCGGUUUCAGUCGUUGCUGGGUUUUGUAGUUCUGGUUGCUCUCUUUUGCGCAUGCUCGUUCCUUUACGCUUGCGCAGUUCUCGUUGAUCUUUCCCUUUAGAAAUGGCCGAUGCUGCCGCGGUCUCCUUUUCUGUUUCACCGGUAGUGUGUUGUACCUGAGUCUGCGGUUCUUCAGUAGAAGUAGGCCUUGAUUCUGUUCCAACUUGAGCGGUCUUCACGGUAGCAGUUUUCUUCGUCCUCUGUUUAUGAGGCAUAGCUUAAAACAAUCCAAAGUAAUUUAUAAGUAACCUUAAAAAAGUAUUAAUUAACUUUUCUUCACUUAAACAUUAAUUUAUUAACUUUUUAACGGGAGGGCUGGGUUCCAGCGUCUCGAUCCUACGUCAUCACGUGACGUCCCCCCCCCCCUUCCUCUUACUUGAUCCCACUCCCCUCUCCCUCUUCCUCUUACUUGAUCCCACUCCCCUCUCCCUCUUCCUUUUACUUGAUCCCACUCCCCUCUCUGUCGUUCUCCCUUCUCUCUCCCUUGUUAUAAUUUUUUCUUCACACCCAUUUACACAAUUGAGUUACCUCUUUGAAAUUCUAUUGUUAAUGUGUUACUUGCCAAUUUGCAAUCUUUUCCCCUUCUCAAUCUUUUCUAAACACCAUGUGUCCAGGAAUGUUAAAUUUUCAUCCCUGCCCAGUUCAAGCACAGUUCUCUUCACUGAGAGCCUGUGCUGUCAUCAUCUACAACAUCAUGUUCCAUCACGACUAUUUAUGCCUGCACCACACCAAAUUUUGCCUUUAUACAUAGAGAUUCUAAGUGCCUUUUUGACUUCCUCUAUAUUACUUUGUUCUGUCCCAUGACUAGAUUUACUUGGUAAUAAAUCUGGAGCACAAGUUAAUUUUGUUAUAUAGAUGGUCAGUUCAAUGGUCACGAGUAGCAAUGACGGAAUGAGAUUGCCUAACACGUAUCUCCAGGAUCUACAUACCUGCUGCA